AUGCACCGCAAACAGGUGUGGGCGAAGCGUGUAAAGAAGGAACGCUUAAAGAAGAAGUUCCUCACACGCAUGCAAGCAACUCGCCUGCUGCAGAUUGACUCCAUCCAGUUUCGUCGCCUCUGCAUCCUCAAAGGCAUUUACCCCCGUGCUCUCGCCCGCAGCAAACAAAAGCAGAGUGGCAACGACAAACAGUACUACCUUGCGCGGGAGAUCAAGUGGCUUGUGCGGGAUCACCUUGCUGAGCGCAUGAUGGCACACCGUGCAUGGGAGAAGAAGGUUCGCCGGGCGGAGGCGAUGGGUCUCGCCGACGACCUUAAGGUACUGAAGAGCAAAAAGGUAAAGCCACAGUACAGUCUUGUGGCAACUAUCAAGGAGCGGUACCCUUUUUUUAUUGACGCCGUACGAGAUAUUGAUGACGCCAUGUCCAUGAUUGCUCUCUACGCCUUUCUCAGUCCGGAGGUGAUGAGUGAAACGACUAUUGAGACACACCAUGUGUUAACGUCAGGUCUGCAUCAGCGGGCGCGGGAAAUCAGUGAACGGUGGAAUCGCUAUGUUGCACGGGCCCAUGUGCUGUCGAAGGGGUUCAUUUCGAUUAAGGGAUACUACUUUGAAGCCAUUGUGCGUGGGGAGCGGGUACGCUGGUUGUGCCCCCACGAAUAUGCGCACAAGUUUCCACCAGGAAUACAACAAUAUAUUACUCUCAGUUUUCUUGAAUUCUACAUUGAACUGAUGCGAUUUGUUCUAUUUAAGCUAGAGCGCGAUCUUGAGCGUGAUAUCGCAGAGCAGCAGAGGACCGAGGACGAUGGGCUCAACGCAAAUGCUGAGGACUUUCGCAUUACUGACAAGGAAACAACGCAGACACUUAGUGGCGUAAAGAAGGAUGUUCUUAGCAAGGCAGAACUUAUGCAGGAGGAGCUGCGGAAGGCUCAACGCGUGUUUGAGGGGUUAACAUUCUACAUCUCACGUGAAGUACCUCAUAAACAUGCGACUCUUAUAAUUGAGGCGUGUGGUGGCCGUGUUGCAACGGCCUAUGUGACAGACAACAUCACACACUUUGUAGUUGAUCGACCCGCGCUACCACCAGGAUUUGAGCGUGUGGAUCGCAUCGAAUAUGUGCAGCCACAGUAUCUGUUUGAUUGCCUCAACGCUCGUAUAUUGCUUCCACCCAACGGCUAUCGCCUUGGUGAGGAAUUGCCGCCCCAUGUUUCUCCCUUCACAGUGGCCAUCACUAACAGCGCCGAGGAUGUUGCUGCCGUGGAGGAGGCGAAGAAGAAUCAUCCGAAGAUAGUCUCCUAUGUGCCGAAGCGGGUGCAUGAGAUACGUACUCUCGUUGACCCUCAGUAUACGCCGAUAGAUCCGGAAGGAAAGGCAUCUGAAUUGUUGCUGCGCGACGAAAGCGAUGAGGAACACGCGGGGAUGCCGGAGUUGGGCGCUGACGACGAUGUUUCUCUCUCAGGCGACGAACUUGUUGAAGCCAGCCGCCGUCCGACGUGGGAGGAGGAGGAGGUCACGGAGAAUGUGCAGCGCAGCAAGGUUUCCGCGCUGAAGGUGGCGAAGCAGCGCAGUAUGAAUCUCAUGAAUACACCAACAGACGAGGUGGUUGCUCGGCGGCGUCUGGCCCAGUUGAAAUUGCGGGAGUCACGGCAACAGCAGGAGUCGUCGGAGAAGCGGCUGAAGCGCAAACUGGCGGAGGUGAAGCGCCAAGAGGUGGCCACACGCAAGAUGCAGCUGCAAGUGGCUCGAAAGAAGGCAGCACGGUAUUACAAGAUGGUCAACGGUGUCGUGCAGGGCAGCCAGCGGCGGGAGAAGAUGCUUGAGGCGAAGGCUAAGCAACUCGAGGAUGGUCGUGUAGCCAUGAAGAAGGACGGCCGCGAACUUGUCAACACCCGAAUGGAGGCGAAGCGCGCCAAGGCGGAAGCUGCAGGAAAACCGCUUCAGGAGAAAAAGGUCGCUAACCCAUACAAGAAGCUGCCAAAGUGGGUACGCUGA